ACCUAUUAGUUCGUUCACAGAUCGCCAGAUUUAACGACGAUUUUCGGACGUGAAUAGUAGACGUCAAAUUAAUUAAUGAAGCAUCGGUUUUUCGGGAUAGUCGAUGUGGUCGUUCACGGAAUACGUGAUUCGUGAAACCACGAUACGUUAACGCAAUAAUUAGUGACGUCGAUUCGUAAUUGAGAGAAUGUGGUAUCGUCGUAGAGUUGUUUCGUGAUAGUGAGCGAAUUAUCGAGCAGUGGCCUCUAUCGUUCCCGUUUAGCGCGACGAGGGAAAACUAAUUGAGACGCCGCGUUUUAAUUUGUGCGACGCGAAGCGAGAUUACGGCAUUCCCAUUUGCGUGCGAGUGAUUGUGCGUGGGAUGUACGGUGAUACGAAGUGAUUCUGUCCGCUCCGAACGAGAAUACGUGGAAUGCCGCGAACGUCGAUGCGCGGAGUGUGUUAGUGGAUCCGCCUCUGUCGUUUAGAGUUUCCUGAAAACGACUGCGAUGCGUCUGAGAUAGUAUACCAAUAUGUGAAUGAACCACGCUGGGGAAAAGCGAUGUCUACUUCUCUUCCCACACUUGUCUGUUUUAUAAUUUGUUUUGGUGGUAUAGCGUCGUGCUUACGAAACUUUCGGACCGACUUCCUGGAGGAAUGGCCGACGCCGGGCACCGGUCCUCACUUCGACAUUUCAAUGCAGUCGAAUUUCACCGGGCUAGUGGGGAAGACGGUGCAUCUCGUGUGCAAGGUGAAGAACUUGGGGAAUCGAACGGUUUCCUGGGUGAGGCACCGGGAUAUACAUUUGUUAACAGUUGGUCGUUAUACCUAUACCAGUGAUCAACGUUUCGAGGCACUACACUCUCCUCAUACAGAGGACUGGACCUUGAGGAUACGAUAUCCUCAGCGUAAGGAUUCCGGGAUUUAUGAGUGCCAAAUAUCUACAACCCCGCCCAUCGGCCACCCUGUGUAUUUAACGAUAGUCGAACCGGUAACUGUUAUAAUCGGAGCGCCGGACCUCUUCGUCAAUAAGGGCAGCACCAUCAAUUUGACGUGCGUCGUAAAAUACGCUCCCGAACCACCUCCUACGAUGACCUGGAGUCAUAACACGGAAGUUAUCAAUUUUGAUUCGCCACGUGGCGGAAUCAGUCUUGUCACGGAAAAGGGGCCCGAAACAACGAGUCGUUUGAUGAUUCAGAAAGCUAUGCCGGGCGACUCCGGGAUCUAUCGGUGCGAACCGAGCAACGCGAAUCCUAGCAGCAUAAAGGUGCACGUUGUAAACGAGGAACAUCCAGCCGCGAUGCAUCACGGGGAAAGCGGAAGCUCCUCGUACAGCAAGACACGGCCGAUUUGUUUUAUAAUUUUAGUAAUAGCUAAUAUAAUGUUUAUAUAAGGCGAGAAGUACGGAAACACACUUACCCAGACACACACGAGAAGCGCGAUUGCUGAGAAUCGCGGUUUGCCUAUUUAACGUCGUUAACGUUUCUUGGAUAAUAUUUGUGCAGGGUAAAACCGAACAUUACCGUUUACAUUUAAAAGAAAAGACAAAAACGAACUUCCGUGACCAAAAGGAUUUUCAAAUAUCAGCACGGCACAAUAAUCGGUAAGAGCGUAGUAUUUUGUUAACAUAU